AUGUUAGGCUUCCUGAUCACACAAAGAGGAAUUGAGGUUGAUCCGAGCAAGAUAGAAGCGAUCACGGCAAUGCCACCUCCACGGAGCGAGAAAGAAGUGAAAAAUGAAAGAUUCGUCUGGGAUGACACUUUUCAGAACACAUUCGAGAAGAUAAAGGGAUACCUCAAGAAUCCUCUUAUUCUAAUGCCACUAAGACCAGGUGUACCGCUAAUCCUAUACUUAACAGUCACAGAAAAUGCAAUGGGUAGUCUACUAGCCCAAGAAAAUAAGGAAAAGACGGAAGUCGUAGUCUACUACAUAAGCAAGCGCAUGAUAUGCUACAAAUUUAAUUACACUCUAGUAGAAAAGGUGUGUUGGGCCCUAGCGUGGGUCACUAAGAGGCUAAGGCAUUCCAUGCAAGCUCACACAAUCAAGUUAGUAUCAAGACUCGAUCAAAUUCGUCAUUUAUUCCAUAAAAUACUUUUGUCGCCAAGAUUAGCUAAGUGGAUGAUGAUGAUAUCAAAAUAUGACAUUGAGUACACAGUUCAGAAAUCUAUCAAGGGAAGCGUUGUAGUAGAUUUUCUCGCAGACCAACCAAUCGAAGUUGAAGACGAAGAGAAGUUAGCAUUCCUAGACGACGAAGUGAUGACUAUCAACCCUACAACCUGGAGGCUACUAUUCGAUGGAGCUUCAGGAAAACAAGGCUAUGGCAUCGAAAUACUACUCAUCAAUCAUGUGGGGACAUACAACCCAAUCUUAGUAAAGCUCGAAUAA